AUGGAUCUGGCGCUAUUCAAAGCUGCACGGGAUGGUCAACUCCGGGCCACCAGACAGCGAGCAGCAAUGAAUGUGGAUGAGCUCUUUUCUGCUUCAUCACAACGCUUGUCUUCGUUACCGCGAGUAUCGCAGCAGAUUUUGGGAUCGAGUCCGCCCUCGGACUUCUCUGCUAGUCUUCCAGAUCUUUUGUUCAUCAAGCUGACGGGACGGCAACCCCAUCAAGCGGCGGUCUAUGAGGAUUCACCCUUUAACGCCGCUUCACCCGCCCCGGGACCGUAUUCAUCGCUCAUAUUGUCAAUUUCAGACUUCUGCUUGUGGGCACCUCUCAUUCCCAACUCCAUUAUCGGCGAUACAGAGCAGGAGGAUGUUGCACGUCGCAUCAAGGCUGGCGGUGUGGCCCAGAGAAGGUCCCGUCGUGAAGAGAGAUUGGAGACAGAAGAUGGCUUGAGGGCCAGUUAUCAUAUCGACGGAAUUAUCUUCUCUGGGGACGAUUACAGACUUGAUGACGAGUACAGAUACUGGUCAUUUGCGGAGGAGACUCACCCUGUGCGUGUUUCAUCGGCGCCAAGUGCUCGACAGGAAUUGCACGGUCUUCAUCGGCCUUACAAAGACCCAUUAUUGGCGCAUCCUCGGCCUAUACCCCUACCCUUCACCCAAGACGAGAGUUACAAGUUGUUAGGUCAUCUGAACGGUCCAAUAUCAUCUGCGUUUUCAAGUGACGACUCGGUUGAUCCCUUGCGCAGAUCACAACCCGCCGUCAACUUCGACGCAUACACAGAUGCAUUGCCCGUAUCUUCCUUUGCGUCGCUCCUUGGCAUCAAACGCACUUCCGACCACGCGAGCCUCUUCCCCGCGACGCCUCUACCAUGCAGCGUCCCAAACGAAACGUUUUUAUAG